ACCCAACUGGCGACGGCGACGAGAUAUGCCCCAAAAAACUUGCGACCUUCACAACAACGUCAACGUCUACGACGGAAAAGCAUACCCCCUUUAUCUGACACUCAAACCUCUGUUGUCGAUUCUCGUUCUUUCCUUUUCCUUGCGGUGCCUCCCUUACGAACGUAAGCAAACAUGGACCCGGGCCGUCGAGCGAUGCUGUCUGGGCGCAGGUCCCCCAGUCGCAGAGGCGGCGAGAGAGAUAGAGACAUUGCGUCGCCGCGACGCGACCCCAACAACCGCAUCACCAAGCCCUCGAACCCCCAUCCCUCGUCGACUCCGAGUUCGAGACCGCCACGUCAGAAUAAAAGUUCGAGCUACAUGACGCAGGACGAGCAGUCGAGGCAGUUUGUCGCCGACGAAGACAAGUUCGUUCUGAAACAGGCCAAGAAGAAGGCCGACAUACGGGUUCGGGAAGGCCGAGCCAAGCCCAUUGAUCUCCUGGCUUUCAAUCUGCGCUUUAUCGACUCGGAUCGAGACGUCUUCGACGACGACGAUGCCGACCUGCACAUCAACGUGCCGUCUCCAGAGGAUGUGUUGCAGGGGCUGGGCGAAUCACAGCUCCAGGAGCUGGACGCUGACAUGACGUCCUACCACACCCUGGAGCAAAACGACCGCAACCGCGACUACUGGAGGGCCUUGCAAACCAUCUGCGCUGACAGGCGGCAGAAGCUGAAACCGCAGGGCCCGGACGCCCGGGUCGUCAGCACAGUGUCGGAAGACGUCGACAAGAUCCUGCGACCCAAGACGUACGAGCAGCUCGACGCCCUCGAGUCCCAGAUCAAGGCCAAACUACGCUCCAAUGACGACAUCGACGUCGACUACUGGGAGCAGCUCCUUCGCAGCCUGCUGGUGUGGAAGGCCAAGGCCAAGCUCAAGAAGGUGUACGAAGCAAUUAGCGAGAGAAAAGCUGCCAUGCUCAAGCUGCAGGACCCGACAAAGGCUUCUGCUGCUGCUGCUGCUGCCGCCGCUUCUGCUUCUGUCGUCCCAGUGCAGGCCGAGUCUAUUUCGGGCCCUGCGGCCGUCCGGAACCCGUCAUCUGAACAACCCAGUAGGGCCGACACAAAGGCGGUGCCUGUUUCAAGUGCACCGCAAGGUGGUGCGCCACCACCGGGAACGGCGCGUUUUGCCCAGACGGGCAACGAAGACUUCUCGCAGGCCACCAAGGCGCUCUACGAUCGCGAGGUGGCACGCGGCGUCAACGAGGACGAGGAGAUAUUCACGGCCGAGGAGACCGUCGCCAGCACGUCGAAGCCGCAGUGGGCGGACAAGUACCGUCCGAGGAAGCCCAGAUACUUCAACCGGGUGCAGAUGGGCUACGAAUGGAACAAGUACAACCAGACGCACUACGACCACGACAACCCGCCGCCCAAGGUGGUCCAGGGCUACAAGUUCAACAUCUUCUACCCCGAGCUGAUCGACAAGACAAAGGCACCCACCUUCAAGAUCAUUCGAGAACACGGGAGGAAAAGGGGAGAGUCCUUUGCAGCUGCAGGAGAGGAGGACACGUGCCUCAUCCGUUUCAUCGCGGGGCCGCCGUACGAAGACAUUGCAUUCCGCAUCGUGGAUCGUGAGUGGGAUUACAGUGCAAAGAGGGACCGCGGCUUCCGGAGCUCUUUCGACAAGGGCAUCCUGCAACUGCACUUUCAAUUCAAAAAGAUCUACUAUCGGAAGUAAUGAAUGGCCCUGGGACAUGGGGCUGGGGAGAAGGAGAUGUGCUCGUAUACUCACGAUGCAUCGUAGAUGUAACAGAGUCAACCAGUUGUGCGAAGAGAGAGUACAUGAUGCACAUGGGAGCCGCGUUUGGGUUUGGUUUCGUUCUUGCGAGUCUUUCGGCCGACCUAGACCGAGAGCCGGGUCACUUCAGAUCUGGGACUGCCAUCUGGAUCGCACUCGUUCGCCUCAUCUUAAACUUCCUUGUCUUCUUCCUCUUCUUCUUCAUCGCCUGCUCGCCGCUCUCAAUGACGUCGGUACCAUGUACUCACUCUCCCUCUCUCUCUCUCUCUCUUGUCAGUCUCUGCCGCACGCAGUUUCACCGAAAGAUACAUACACUACAGACUACAGACUACGCACUACAUGCUGACCGGAGUACUGUACCGCAACCGAUCGACCGCCACUGGCCGCAAGCCAGGGAGUGGGAAGACGAGAGAAUGAAGCACAAAUACACGGGCGACCAUAGCUUUCGCCUCCAACUAAUCAACAUCGUCCUUCUCACCUCGUCGUGUAACCAUUGGUACUAGGGCUUACCGGACUAGCCAACGGGUCUCUUCCGAGCCCAGCAUCUACGAAUACUGUGUGUGUAGUGCACCUCCCUGGCCCCCACGACGCUAUGCCGCCCACCCUGGGUCAACUGACAUGAUGAGGAGCAUAGUUGUAUGAGUUUAUCCUGGCAGGAAUCGGAAUACAAUGGCUGCAGCUAGCUACUGAUAUCCACACCACUGCAGCAGAACCCACCUCGACCCUGCCCACCACGCCUUGCCUUGCCUUGCCUUGCCUUGCC